AGUUGAUGGAUGCUUUAAAUGCAGAAGAAAAUGCAAAUAUAAAUAUAAAUACCAAUGCCCAAGUUGCCCCUAACAAUAACAACAUCCUAAAAAUUAGAAAAACCACAACCAGCAAACUACAACAACAAUACACAUAUAAAGCUGAAAAAGGUGUUGAUAGAUCUGUGCCAAUAGAAUUGGACUAUGCUAGAAGCUCAUCUA